AUGUUCAUGAAGCCGCGUGAUUUGUGGGCGCUCAUGGUUGACAUCGUUUCUCGGUGUUUGCAGGACACGGUUUUCGAGUCCUCUGACCAGAUGGUGGAUGAUGUUUUAGAGAACUGCACCUCAAUUGAUGAGGAGAGUGCCGCGCUUCUGCGUGAGACAGUCUCGGGUACCCUCCACUUCGAAAAGGUUUGUGAGGGAAUGCUUAAUGGCUACUGUGACUGCUUGCGACGCAAUAAGUCUGACAAAGUCUCGAUGUACCUCGUGGCGUACCUAAUGGUUUUCCAGUACACAGCUCUGGGUGGGCACCGUAUACGAGAGUUUCUCUAUAGGUGUACAUCGACGCCGCGCCUCGUGGAGUAUCUUGAGUAUAUUCUCAAUCCGGAGAGCCUCAUGCAGUACUCAAACCCAUACUGGAGCCAGUACUACGACGGGGAGUUCAUUAUGAACAGUAUCUGCCGGCCAAUGGGGGAGGUCGCCCUUCACGUCCGACAGGACGUCAUCCACUGGCUCUUGGGAAAGACGGCUGCUGGGGUUGUGAACAUAAACGAGACAGAGAAUCCCGAACAACAACAGCCAAGGGUAUCCAAGCGUAUUCCAAAGAAGAAGGUGGAGGGACCGCUGCGUGCGGUGGAAAUCUCUAAAGGAAAACAAGGUGGUCUCCCUCCUGCCGAGGUGCGGGAGAUGCUGCAUACAAUUCCUGAAAAACGGCCUCCACGUAUAGACUGCACAAAACCACCCUGUGUGGUAGUUAAGCGACAAAAUGAUCUUACGGAACCAAUCGGGUUCAGUUUCAUGACGCGGACUCCGAAGAAGGCCCCGAAGGUGGAGGAACAACCAGUCUGCCAGAGUGAGUUUCCUCGAGUCUCACCGGACGAACUCCGACCGAUCUUGUACAAGACUGUGCCUGUACGAAUGACAGCUGGUGCUCUUCGAAGAGAGGCACAGACAUAUUUGAAGCACAUGGAGGAGCAAAAACGAUCGCUCGAGGAUGUGGAGGCUGCGCUACGCAACUCACGCGAAUUUGAGGAGUGGCAGAAGCAAGGAAGGGAAAUGGAGGCACAGCAGCGCGCAGCUCAGUUCUUGAGUCGCAAGGCACAAAUUCAGCUUGCUGGCGAGAACGCCGUUCAAAAGCGAAAAGCCAUUGAAGAAAUGAAGAAGGUGGCAACUGAAGAGAUAAGGGCCGACAUUGCCUCAAAGAUAGAGCUUUGUGGGGCGGAGGAAGAGUCUAGGAUCAUGAAGCAGCGUACCCACGCUUCUAGACUACGCAGGGAGUUGGAAGAGAGCCGGAAAAAGGCUCUGAAACAUGCAGAACGAGAACGCGCGUCUGUGGCAGCUGGCGUGAAGAAAAAGAGUGAACAACUCAAGGAUGAAGCCCUCGAAGAAGAAGAGAGACUGAAGAUGCGGCGGCUUUUGAUAAUUCAAGAGAUUCGUCAGCUUCGAGAGCGGAACCGCCAACAAAAAGAGGAGUUGAUAGAGAAGAACAUUUGUCUACAAAAUGUGACUCCAGAGGACACUACAUACGGUGGGCUAAGUCUUGCCAUGCUGCGGGAAAAACUGUGCCAGGUGAAGGAGGAGAAUGCUAGGUUGGAGGAGGAGCGACGUGCACGGAUUCGUGCUCUGCGCAUGCAGGAACGUGAGAAGUUAGAGGCUCUCUCCGGCCUUUGCUCGGAUGGGCGUCACAAUACACGCCGCGCAAAGGAGGAAGAGCGGCGCAACAAGCAGGAAGAACACGCCAAACUUGAGGCGUUGAGAGAAGAGGCUGAGACAAAACGUGCGGUACAGGUGCGCGAUUCACUGAAGCAGAGGCGGAAGGGGAGACGUGCUGAGCAGAUCGCUCUAAAGGAGGAAGAUAGAAGGCGAAGGAAUGAAAUGCUGCUUCUCGCCAAGGACACCUCCGCCAUGGAAGAGAGCCACUGGCAACAGCAGGAGCUCUGUGUAAUCAACCGACUCACGGUAAACCAGAACGAGGGAGUCCGACGAGGCUUUCGAUGA